AUGGUGGGAGUCGCUUACGAUUGCCUACUAAAUCCACAGGGAGCUGUCCGAUCGACAUUUGAAAAUGCGCUAAGUAAAGUCUCUGAUACAGCCGCGUUCGACGGCAAGGACUGGGGUGCCAUUGAUCUAUUCAGGAAGUUUCUCUAUGACGAUGGCGGCCUUUCUCAGGUUCCAGUUCUGAAUCCUUCAUCUAUUGCACGGCUGAAAUCCAAUACUCUUGUUCGAUUUCGGGGAAUGAUACAAGAUAUGCUGGGAAAUGAAUUAUAUGUUGGCAUGUACAAGGAUGGAGAAACUUGGAGAACGAAUAAGUUUGGUGACUUCUUUCAAUUCCCUAUGGCUACGGGAUCUUCACCUGACAUGCGAGUGUGGGAGCGGCGAUUACUUUACUGUGUUCCUGUUCCAGGGCAGAAUUCAUGGAUUGAAUAUUCCUCUGAAUCCCUGCUCAAUCCAAUUUCAAUUUCCUCAUCUCCACAAAGGGAGAAACGCCAUAGGGAGGAUGAUACAGCAAUGGAUGACAUUGAUAUGCAAGUGACAAAUGAGGAGGUUCAAGCUUCCACCUCCAAUAAAAAGAUGCGUGAGGAUGGGAUCACUUCCAAUUCAUCCAAUCUAGGGGACACUCCAACUGCUGACAUUGGUUCAGCUACGAGUGUGCUUCCAUAUUUUGACAGAAAUUCUUUGCCAUGUCUUGUGAAGAUAUACGACUCUCCUGAAUCUGAUUUGAAGCUAAAUGAUGUUUUUGAGUUCAUUGGUGUCUUAACAUUUGAUCCGGAGUUUUCGGUAGACAAAAAUGUUGACAAUGAUAUUUUGGGCUAUUUGGGUGAUGAUGAUACACAGACUCAGAUGCCUCCAACCAAGGUACCUCGACUCCAUUGCCUUAUUCACAAGAAGCUUUCCAAUCAAGACUUUAUUUCAGGUUCUCCCACACUUGAGCUUAAAUCCCACCUGGUGAAAGAAAUAAGGGAAACUCUAUUAAGGCAUCUCACGACUAUCCUAGGAAAUGAUGGUGUAGCAGCUAAUCUCAUGUUAUUGCAUCUGUUGUCUAAGGUGCAUGCUAGAGUGGAUUCAACUGCCGUUGGAAAGCUUUCCUUGAACCUAACAUGUUUUAACAAGGAGACCCUGUCUGUUUAUGGUCUUCGUCUUAAUCUUGCACUCAAGAACCUUCUACCGUUCACACAUUGUGUGCCUUUAACAGUGGAUUACCUUAACAAAAUUCCUCUUGCCCCCAAAAAAAAUUAUCAAACUAAUAGGCUGGCAUCAGGGAUACUGCAACUUGCUGAAGGUUCUCAUUUAACUAUUGACGAGACUCAAUUACAAGAAGGGAGACUUAAUCCUAUUGGGCUUGAGAAUGCAAGAGUCCUGCAAAGCUUGUUGGAACAUCAAAAGGUUGAAUAUGACUUCACUUAUUAUAAAAUGGACAUGCCUGCGGACAUUCAGUUGCUAGUUCUUUCUGAGGGGAAAUCCAACAUACUCCCAGCAGAUUUGGUUUUACCAUUUCGACCAUUGUCAGUAGAUGCUGCUCAAGAUGUUGAGAUAGAAGUUCUGCAAUCUUGGAGAUGGUACCUGGCUACUAUGAGAUCGUUGUCUCACUCUAUUACGCAAGAGAUGCAGAAGGUGGUAGAAGAUGACUUAGUAGCGGCAAGGCAGGCAGAUAGAAGCUUAGGUAGCCUAGAUUUCAGCAGGUUUCUGACAAUGGGUCGUCUUGUAUCUCUAAGUUUUGGUGAAACCACUUUAACCUUAGAACAUUGGCAAAUGGCCAAAGAAUUAGAGCGCCUCCGAAAGGAGAGAUUAUAGGGCAGUUUGUAAAGCAGUUUCUUCACUUUGUAUAAAAGAUGAUGUGCCUAAUCCUUCCAGUUUUGCUGGUAGAGUGGACUGUUCUGCUUAGCAUUUCUCCAAUAUUAUGUACACGUA